AUGGACAAUCUCCCAUUUUUGGACGACUGUUUCUCAUGGCUCUAUCACUGGAUCAUCUUCACCUUGUGGGCUCCAUCAGUCUAAUGUUGGAUGCUACCUACAUCACCAGCUGGCUCACCUAGCCAUAGACCUAACAACCCCAGAAAAUCUACAAAAACUCCACAAGCGUCUUACGGUCAUCAUGUCCCUCCUUUAUAUUUCCAUCUUAUGGGUCACUGCCUGUGUGGACAGUGCAGAAUCUCUGGUUACUGUAUCAGCUCCAGUGGGUUCCACAGUCCUCCUGCCAUGUAAACUGACUGAAGUCUUCAACCAAACAUCACUUAUUCAGUGGAAGAUCAACAACAAAGAUCCUGUGUUUGAGAGAAGCAGUGCUGGUACGAGUUCAGGUUCAGGAUAUGAAGGCCGUGUGGAUAUUCCUCUGGAUGAACUACAUAAAGGAAACUGUUCCCUGGUGUUGAAGAACGUCAGAAUCACUGAUGACCAUUUAUACAAAACCUUUACAGUGGAACAUGUGGACAGUACUAACCCUACAGAGGCUAAAGAAAUCGCCAGGGUUAGACUCUCAGUCGAUGUCCUUCAGUUAUCAGCUCGAGUGGGUUCCACAGCUGUCCUGCCGUGUGAAUGGAGCCAUCUGUCCAUCCAGACGCCUCAUGUUGAGUGGUUCAUCGAUUCUGAGACUGUGUUUGAGAGAAAGGGUAAAGAGUCAUUUCCGGGUGAAGGAUAUGAGGGCCGUGUGGACGUUCCUGAGGACGAGCUGCUUAAAGGAAACUGUUCCCUGGUGUUGAAGAACGUCAGUGUUACUGAUGCAGGAAACUACAGCAGCUCCAUGCUAGUGAAAGACACACAGGAACCUGUCUUGGUCCAGAAGAUUAAACUGUCAGUUGAUGAUGGAAUCAGUAAUGAGAGAGGUUCUUCAUCUGAGGAUUCAGAUUCACACCAGACUGGAGGGAACAUCUGGAUUAUCUGGUUAUGUGUUGGGAUUGGAAUUGUAAUCAUCAUUGGCGUGUAUGUGUGCUACAGCAGGUUACAAGGAAAAUCAUCAUCAUCAGUAUCAUCAUCAUGCUGCAGUCGCACCACCAACUCCACUGAACAGGACGGUCAUCAGGGCAGUGUGCUGUACAAAAGAAGGUCCAGGAAAUCUACUAAGAACAACACAGCAUUAGAUAUGGACAGUGUGACCUCACAGCCACAGAUACACUGACCGACACUGACCACAAAGACAUUGUUCUGCUCUGAUCUCAUCAUGGAAAACAGAUCAUCUUAAACUUAAUCCCUGCAAGACUGAGCUGCUGUUCAUCCCUGGAGCAGCAUCACCAUGUCAGGAUCUUCUGAUUUAUCUGGAAAACUCUCAGACUUCACAUCAUGGACAACCAUCUGCUCUUCUAACUAACCUGACUUGGUCAUGGCUUCUCCUCUAUGUAGCAGGGAUGUGUUUUUACACCAGAUUAUAAAUAUAUUAAUAAAUAGUGAAUUAUUAUGUCAUUAGAUUGCAGCAAUGGGCACAGCAUGAACGAUGGCUGAUGUCAUGUGAAGGAUAAAACUUUAUAGCUGAGGUGGAAUCUGGGUUCAGUUCCUCUCAGCAGUGCCCUUGGAGGGGACAGGUACGAUUCUGCCAGUUUUGGCUAAUUUGUAAAAGAAUUUCCAUCAGGAUCAAUAAAGUUCUAUCUUGUCUUAUCUUUGUCAUAUUAAUACCUAUUGUAAUUAUUCAUUUCAUGUUUAAAGAGUUGAAUAUAAAGGUAUUACCAGCAAAAUGAUUGUCACGUUCAGGGAUUAGUUCAAAUUAAUAACAUAAUGUACUGUUACUCUUUUUUUUUUUUUUUUUUUACAAGGGACUUUUUACUACAUCUUUAUUUUUUGGCUGUUUGUGUUUGUGCUGCACAGGAGAUAUGUGCUAGUGGCUAACAUGGAUGUUUAGGAAGAAAGCUUUAUUAAUAUUACAUUACAGCACAGUGAAAUUCUUUCUUCACAUAGUCCAAUCUUGGAGGUUGGGGUCAGAGCACAGGGUCAGUCAUGAUGCAGUGACCCUGGAGCAGGGAGGGUUACGUGCCUUGCUCUGAGGCCCAGUGGUGGUAGCUUGUGGUGGUGCUGGUGAGCCUUAAUGAGCUUCCACUGCCCCUUUAUAAUUUUGUGAAUUGUGUGACCUUGUGUAUUGAAUCUUGAUAUUCUGUGAUUAACAGGCAGGACAGAGCACCACUGAGCCUAGUCUCUGUCUCUGUAUGUCUUUCACUACACAGGUACUGAGAACAAACUGCUGACAACACAACACAGCUUUGUGUGUAGGAUUUCUUUUAAUUUAAUUUUAGUUACUUGUUUACAUCUUUAUAUAAACUCACAGUGCUGAAGAAUAACCACUACAUUUACAUCAGGAGAAUUUGGUCACUGAAUCUCUGCAGUUACUGAACUGAUAACUCAUAUGUAUUAAUAAUUGAAAGUCAAUUCUAAUUUAUUUGUAUAAUCACUAUAACAAUAGACAUUUUCAUAAAACUUAAAAGGCCUGAUUUUUGCUCAGCUUCUUCUUGUGUUAAACAGAAGAGCAAAAACAUGUUCUAACUGUGUGCAGAGAUUUGUAGCUAUUUUUAGUUAUUUACUGAAGAUAUUAACAAAUGAUGGUAAUAAAAUUUUGUCCAAUAAAGUGAAGAAAUCCUUAUUAUGAAGCAUUUGCAGUAAAUGCAAUAGUUUAUACAUAGAACAUAAAACCAAGAAAAAAAAAAUUCUAUUCUAUUUUCGGAAAUGAAUCGAAUGAAUUGAAUCCAAUUUAAAAAUAAGGGUUUU